UGGAUCUGUAAACGUCACUUCCUGUCGAAAGCGGAUGUGUUUGGCUGCUGGCGUGAAACAAUGAUCUCAGCUAACAAUUUGCUUCACAGGAAAGGAUUACGCAGAGUCCAGUGAGGGUGGAGGAUGGAGGUUCCUUGCUAUCUACCCAAACUGCUCUUUGAGCUGAACGAGCAGAGGAAGCGGGGCUUCUUCUGUGACUGCAGCAUUCUAGUGGAGGGUCAAGUCUUCAAAGCUCACCGGAAUGUCUUGUUUGCUGGAAGUGGUUAUUUCCGAGCUCUUCUGGUUCACUAUCUUCAGGACAGCGGACAGCGCUACAGCACAGCAUCACUGGACAUCGUCACGGCCGACGCCUUCUCCAUCAUCCUGGACUUCCUGUAUUCUGGACGGCUGGCCCUGAACAGGAGUAACGUCAUUGAGGUGAUGUCUGCUGCCAGCUACCUGCAGAUGACGGAUCUUGUCAACCUAUGUAAAGAUUACAUCCACUCAUCGUUGGAGAUCUGCAGUAAGGAGAAAGAGAUGACUACAGCAAAGGAUACGCGGGUGCAGGAGGGAGCCAUGGGCCCGGCCGACAGCGGCACCCCUGCUGUGACCGUCCCCAGCGAUGCAGGGGAUGCAGAGUCCCUGUCCCAGACUGCAGAGGGAGACAGAGGAUCAGGCUUGGCUUCAGAGUCCAUGACCUCCACAAGGACCCCCUUAACCGUAACAGUCACCUCCCCUCCAGGGUCCAGCAGAGAUGCGGAUAGUGCCUACUCUUCAAGGGAGGGGUUUGCUUCUGGGAUUGAGGGACAGAAGAGACACUUGGAUCAACAGAACCUUUCAUCCUCCUCAUCCUCCGCUUUGACUCCUGAGUUGGUGAACCCAAAAAUUGAAUACGACCCCGACGAGGGGCUUAUGGAGUCUCCCGACAACAAACUCCUCACACCGUAUCAAGGACCUUCCCCCCACAAUACCCAUCAUGGCAGGUUGCUGCCUUCAAGCCCCUCCCACUCUAACGAACGAUCUCUUGCGGGGUACAGCUCUUCCUUUAACGCCAGGCAGCUGAUGGAAAUGCUGAGCAGAGCUGAGGGUCCCGCUGCUCUGGGGGACAGAGCGACGCAGCGCUUCACUCAGGCGCUCGGGAGCGGCGCCGCAGGAAGCCGAAUGGAGGAAACGCUGGGGUUUGUGGGUUCAUCCAUCAUGGAGAUACAGACAGACUGGCUUGGAGAAGACACAGGUGAUGGGUUAGUAGUGCCGGUGAAACUACACAAGUGCCCGUUCUGCCCGUACACCGCCAAGCAGAAAGGGAUCAUGAAGAGACACAUACGCUGCCACACAGGGGAGAGGCCGUUCCCCUGCCCCAUGUGUGGCAAGAGGUUCACCCGCCAGGAGCACCUUCGCACCCACGCCCUGACUGUCCACAGACAUUACUGGCCAGUGACGUGUAAGAGCUGCAGGCGGACCUUCACCGGAUCCGGAGUUUCACCGGGCCUCAGGCGCUUUGGGAUCUGCGAAAGCUGCAACUGUGUGACCACAACUCACGAGGACUCUGCUCCAGUUCACCCCUCCAGCCAGCAGGAGAACAUGGAGCGUGCAGACAGCGGCACAGAUUGGUCCAGUUUUAUGGACGAUGUAGAUGAGGUGGAGGUUGGCAGGGUGGAGGACCUGGUGGAGAAGCAGAUGCUGGAUCGACAGUUGGCAGUGUGCUCAGAUGUGGGCCAUACCCUGUGACGUAAUGGUCUGUGAAGAAGCCUUUUCCACGCUCGUCCCUGAUUAGGAAUGAUGUCAGACACUGACUCACAGACAUCUAUUCCCUUCGUUGUUCAAGUCCCACUCCGACCAUCUUGUGAUCUAUUGUAGAAGCGUUCCCAGUGAUUCUUUUAAGUAGGAUUCUGCUGUUUUUAGCUAAAAUCGAAACACCUGUCCUUUUCUAGGACAUAGUUUCUACAGAGCAGCAGGAGUUCAUUAGAAAUUCACCUCUUGAGUUGUGGGAGGGAGGGUUGGAUGGAAGCCUCCACUAUAUCCCAUCAUCCCUUUGUUUACACUCUCCCACUAGCUUACAGCCCCUCACAACCAAACAUUAGCGGUGCAACAUAAAUGGUGAUCAAUAUCAGGUCUAUCCAGCCGUCCAGUUCUGAUCCAGAUUCCAGCUCAGACCAGGAAAACAAAGACGUUCAUGGAUCCGUUUGUCUGACAGUGGAUCAUCAGAAUGGAGCAGAGCAGGAAGACUUUGGGGCACCCAUCACAGUUUCUACGUCACAACUGAGAGAUUUUCAACAGCAUUUUUUCAUCUGCUCCUGAUUUAUCCUGAUUUGAAUAAAAAAUACACAGAAAUUCAGUUUAAAUCUUAAUUUUCUUUAUAGAUGUCCACCAUGAUACAAGAACACGUUAUAAAAACGUGGAAUUUAAAAGGCUCUGUGUACAGACACGUCUGUGAAUCAUGUUAGAAUAAAUGCUGUUGGGUAAAAUGCAGCCACAUGAAUAAAAGUCUGUUCCUGAGAGUCAUCAGUUCAUCCUGAAAUCCAGUUAUGUCUAAUCUUUGAAAGUGUCCUGGGGGGCCAUCUAGUGGCUAAGUCACUCUUAAAAAGUGUCGGCUCACUGCUUUUGGUGAUCCACAUCUGUGGAAACCUGUUUUCAUCUCUCUCAGAAAAUAAAGAGGCUUUUGAUGGCUCAGUAA